UGGAGGCCCCGCCCCCAGGCUUUAUAAUCAGGCAGACAGGUGAGUGGACAGACUGCUCGAGGAAGGCUUUUGAGCACCCUUUGGACCACAGAGGUUCUACGUAUUUGCUGAAGUUCUCAGGUCGGUGAAGAUGCUGCAGAUGAAUGAGUCGGACCUCCACCUGCGGCUGUCUGAGUACAGCUUCGAGAGGCGCUUCGAUGAGCGCGGAGCGAUCCAGUGGAUGCAGGAGAACUGGAGCAAGUCUUUCAUGUUCAGCGCUCUUUACGCCGCCAUGGUGUUUGGAGGUCAGCACUACAUGAAGUCCCGACCCAAACUGGACCUGCGGCUGCCUCUCGUCCUCUGGUCGCUCAGCCUCGCUGUCUUCAGCAUCAUCGGCGCUGUUCGGACCAGUUCCUACAUGCUGCACAUUUUAAGCUCCAGUGGCUUCAGACUCUCCAUCUGUGACCAGAGCUUCUACAAUGGACCUGUGAGCAAGUUCUGGGCCUACGCCUUCGUCCUCAGCAAAGCGCCAGAACUCGGCGAUACAGCGUUCAUUGUGCUCAGGAAGCAGAAGCUGCUCUUCCUCCACUGGUACCACCACAUCACCGUGCUGCUCUACUCCUGGUACUCCUACAAGGACAUGGUCGCCGGCGGCGGCUGGUUCAUGACCAUGAACUACACUGUGCACGCGCUCAUGUACAGCUACUACGCCGUGCGCGCCGCCGGCAUCCGCGUGCCCCGCCCCUUCGCUGUGCUCAUCACCAGCGCUCAGAUCGCCCAGAUGGUCAUGGGGCUGACGGUGAGCGGGCUGGUGUACCGCUGGAUGCAGCAGGGCGACUGUCCGUCCCACGUGGACAACAUCACCUGGGCCACGCUCAUGUACCUGAGCUACCUGCUGCUCUUCUCCAACUUCUUCUACCAGACCUACCUGCGGCGUGAAGCCAAGACCAAGACCCAGUAAGACCAGUGAGGUGGAGAACUGUGGAGGAUGGACUGCAGAGUUUAAACCUGAAGCUGCUGCUAAAAACUGUUUUAAAAAAAGGAGCAGGAGAAGAGACCUUAAAGUUUAUUUGUUUCAUGUCCAUGAAAAGAAGCAGGAACAUCUCAGCUUGAGGAGAUCAUAAAAUAUUUAAAAUGACCAACAACUUGCUAAUGUACUGAUCCCGCAGGUUCCUGAAAGGCUGCUCAAGGUCUGGUCCAACAGUACUGAAGUCCAAAGUUGGCUCAGAUAUAAAGUCUGUCAGCACUCAUGAAGCUCAGCUGAGGUGUGGAAAUAUAACCUGAUGCCACUUGGUCUAAAAGAAGCAGCUUAGAGCUCAUCUCUGUUUUCAAGGUUCCUUUUAAAACGGAACCAGAACCUCCAGUUAGCGGCUUCUCACGCUGUUGACAUCAGGGUGACCUUCUGCUUUCCUGAGCUCAGAUGUAUGAAGGAUCACUAACAUCUGUCUUCUUAUUGGUCAGUAACACCAACCCUAAAUCAGCCCCAGAAAACAUCCAGAACCAUUUUUACCUGCAGCUUUUCCGCCCAAUUUCCAAACAUUUGGAUAGAUUCUUACAGAACCGUUAGAACCCGUCUGGUCUGAUUAAAGCUGGACCCGUGAGGAUGUUUGUGCUCAGUCUGCAGCUGUAAACCACGGUCAAUGGAAGCUGCUCACAGCUUCUCCUCCAUCGGUACCACCGGGUCCAGCCGACACUAUGUGGGCUGCAGUGAAUUCAUUCAGAUCAUUGAUGUUCUAAAGGUUCUGACAAACUGGGUCAGAAGUUUCACUGUAAAACUUUUCUCAGUAUUUUCAUUAGUUUGUAUUGAAAAUGUUUCAGAUCUGAAACAUGAACAACUGACAUGAUCAUGAUGGCUUACAUGUAUGCUAACAGAACCCAUUGACCCAGUUCAUCUCCAGUUUAGAACCCCCCUCCCCUCACACACACCUUGUUUUUAAUGUUGUUCUGAGGAGUGAAGGCACCUGAUUGGUUGCUGGAAGCUCCCAUGUCUCACUUUAAUGUUCUUUAAAAUCACUCCUACUUGAAGCUCACAUGUUGAAGGUUCUCCAGGAACCAGAGGUGUUUCUGCAGCUGGUUCUGAAGUGUGUGAUUGUGAAUAUGGGUCUGAGUUCUGAAGGAAACCAGCAGCAAUGUUCACAGAUGUCAGCUGGUCACCAUGAAGACGAGAACUUCAAUCAUUUGAUCACACUGGAUAUUGAACAUGUUCUCUGAAGGGAAAAUAAGAUUUUUAUGGUUAUUUAUUGUUUAAAAAUGAAAUAAAAUAACUUUUUUUUAA